UGAAAGUUGUAACAUAACCUAAAAUUCUUUUUAAAUUACGCCACAUGGCGUAGACAUUAACAUAUUAAAGUAAAGAAUUAUUAAAAACGAAAAAUGUCAAUGUACAAUUUUAAAAAAAUCGCUGUGGUCCCUCCAGCAAAGGACUUCAUCGAUAUAAUAUUAUCGAAAACACAAAGAAAAACUCCAACAGUAAUUCAUAAGAAUUAUAAAAUAUCUCGUAUACGUGCAUUUUAUAUGCGAAAAGUUAAAUUUACUCAACAAAAUUUCCAUGAUCGUUUAAGUCGAAUUUUACAAGAGUUUCCUAAAUUGGAUGAUGUACAUCCUUUUUAUGCUGAUUUGAUGAAUGUUUUGUAUGAUAAAGAUCAUUAUAAAUUGGGUUUGGGUCAAUUAAACACUGCCAGACAUUUAAUUGAUAACGUAGCCAAAGAUUAUGUACGAUUACUCAAGUAUGGAGAUUCUUUAUAUCGUUGCAAGCAGCUUAAACGUGCUGCUCUUGGUCGUAUGGCCACCAUAAUGAAAAGACAAGCAGCAAAUUUAACAUACUUGGAACAAGUUCGUCAACAUUUGGCUCGUUUACCUUCAAUUGAUCCUUACACAAGAACUAUAGUUAUUUGUGGUUUUCCAAAUGUCGGUAAAAGUUCAUUUAUAAAUAAGAUUACAAGAGCUGAUGUCGAAGUACAACCUUACGCAUUUACAACAAAAAGUUUAUAUGUUGGUCACACAGAUUAUAAAUACUUGCGAUGGCAAGUUAUUGAUACACCUGGAAUCCUAGAUCAUCCAUUAGAAGAACGUAACGUGAUUGAAAUGCAAGCAGUAACAGCGUUAGCGCAUUUACGUGCUGCAAUACUUUAUAUUUUUGAUAUUUCAGAACAAUGUGGCCACACUUUAGAAGAACAAGUAAAUUUAUUUGAAAGUAUACGUCCUUUGUUUGCAAAUAAACCGCUAAUUACAGUAAUUAAUAAAGUAGAUGUAUUAAAAUUGGAUGAUUUAGCACCAGAACGUCGAAAAAUAUUAGCUUCGAUUGAGGAUGAUAACGAUAUUGAAGUUAUUGAAAUGUCGACUGUGAAUGAUUUAGGUGUAAUGGAAGUAAAAACCGCUGCAUGUGAAAAAUUACUAAGCUAUCGAGUAGAUCAAAAAAUGAGAACGAAAAAAGUUGACGGUGUACUAAAUCGAUUACAUGUUGCAAUACCAAAACCACGUGAUGAGAAAGUACGACCACCUUGUAUUCCAGAAAGUGUUUUACAAAAAAGACAAAAGGAAGAUCAAAAGAAACGGAAAUUGGAACGACAUAUCGAAGAAGAAUUGGGUGAUGAUUAUGUUUUGGAUUUGAAAAAGAAUUAUGUUGAAAUACCUGAAGAAGAACGAUAUGAUAUUAUUCCUGAAUUCUGGGAAGGUCACAAUAUUGCUGAUUAUAUCGAUCCAGAAAUAUUUGAUAAACUUGCCGAAUUAGAAAAAGAUGAGGAAUUACGAGAAGAAUCUGGAAUGUAUGUUGUACCGAAAAUUGAAUUGGAUGAUACAAUCAAAGAAAUUAAAGCAUUGGCUUUACAAAUUCGUAAUAAGAAAGCAAUUCUACGAGAUGAAUCUAGAAUUAAUAAACAAAAAACAACACCUGUUAUGCCAAGAAAUACAACGGCUAAAGCACGUGGCAGAUCUGUUACACGUUUGUGUAAUGAAAUGCGAGAUCUUGGUGUUGAUAUUGAUCCAUCUGAUGAUGCACACUUUACGAAAACGCUGAAAAGGACACGAUCUCGUUCUUUGUCUCAGGCUGCUGUUGCUUCUAAAAAGAUGCGUUCAUCUUCACGUAGUGUACCCAGAGAUGAACAAGGAAUUAAAGACGUUGCGAUGAAAAGGAAACUUAAACAAAUCGCCCAUCGUGCAAUUGCAAAGAAGGUUGGUAAAAUGGGUCUUAAAGGUGAAGCUGAUAGAUUUAUUGGUACUAAAAUGCCUAGACAUUUGUACGCUGGUAAACGAGGAGUUGGAAAAACGGAUAGACGUUAGAUUAAUUAAUGUUAUGAUGAUGUUUACAAAAAAUGUAAAACUGUACAUUUAUAAAAUGAUUCCGA